AUGAGACUAGAUCUCGCAGUCGUCGCGCUGACGCUGCUCGCGCCCGCGUGGGCCGCCGCCGUGGAACCCGGUCUCCACGGCUCCGACGUCGCAUUUCUCGCCCCCAAAUCCGAGCGCGAUAACACCCAGCAGGACGAGAAGCUGUGGAAGCGCAAGGGCGGUGGCGGCGGCGGCGGCGGUCGCGGCGGAGGCUCUUCUUCAGGUGGGUCCCGGUCGGGAGGUGGCAGUCGCUCCGGCGGCUCCAGCUCCGGCUCUGGUUCUUCAGGAUCAAGCUCAUCAAAAGGCGGUUCAUCAGGUGGUUCAAAAAGUGGCGGCAGCAGCAGUGGUGGUUCCAGUACCUCGAGAGGCGGUUCUCGCGAUAGCUCUGGCGGAUCGACAAGGACGGGAAGCGGACCGGUUCCAGCAUACGGUGGCGGCAGAUACUACGGCGGCGGCGCGACGGUGCCCUAUUCGGCUGGCGCAAGGAGGGGCAACAUGGUGCCGUUCCUGCUCGUUGGUGGUGCCCUGGCCUUCUGGCCCGGUCUCUGGCUUGGCGCGCACAUGUAUCCCUACAGCCACCCGUACCGGUACUACAACGAGACGGCCCGCCAGAACCAGACGAAGCCGGUGCUGUGCGGUUGCCAAGAGUACCAGCCCUGCGGCUGCGACGAGAACAACAGCACCGAGUACAUGAACUCGCUCCUCGGCAACGGCAGCUAUGCCGCGCUGAACAAGUCCGUCGUCAACAUUGGCGAGUACAACGGUAACGAGACCAUUCUCAUCAACGGCUCUCUGCCCAACGGCACGACCGCUGCCGGCGGUUCCGACGAGGUCGGCUCCGCUGCCUUCCGCACCGCUGUGGAGACGCUCGGUUUCUGGCCCGUUGUUGUGGUCGUUCUCGCUACUGUCUUCGCGGCAUAA